GUCGAAGGAGGAAGGAAACACACACAAACCCCUGGACUCACAGCAGAAAUUACGCACAGACCCUGAAGACGUCACCCAAAUCACCGAGUAUUGAAUUAGAGCGAGAUAUUCCUCCAGAGUUGUGUAGCUUCAGGUGCUGCUGUAGUGCAAGAAUAAACUGAACGUCUUUAAAAAGCUAAAGAGAGACACACUGUGCCACCGAGUUUUUUACACUUAGGAGAAUCAAAAUGAGCAUUCGGGGACAGGAACAGGUGGAGAAGAAAUACGACCCAUUAGAUACCACCCUGAAGUUUGUCAACCGGAGGAACGACUUGGAUCCAGUGUCCUCAGAUGAUGGUGACGACUGUCUCAGAGCAGAGAUGUCGUGCGGCCACGCUGUCACUCCUGAUUCUCUAACACAAUGGUGUCGCAGCCAGCUAGAUGAGGGUAUAUAUAAAUUCCGAUGCCCUGCAGUGGUGCAGGGUACCAAACUGUGCAAUGCACUGUGGUCGUACCAAGAGGUGCGCAGACUGGCUGAUUUGUCUGUUGAGGAAAUGCAGCACUUUGAAGAUACCAUGUCCUGCCUGGCUGCUGCAGACUACUGUGAAUUUCAGCCAUGCCCACAGUGCAGAACGACAGUGGAGAGGAAGAAUCUCUCCAACCUGUGUGUCCGGUGCACCAUAUGCACAGCUGACCAGAAGAAGACCUACCAGUUCUGCUGGCAGUGUCAGAAGCAGUGGAAAGGUCCAGGCCCUCGAUCUGACCGCUGUGACAAUGAUGGCUGCUUCAACAGGGACCUGCAACUUCUGCAGACGUGUAAGACCAUCAGUCUGCCCGAGGUGGAGGGGGUCACCCACUGCCCCUCUGUCCGAGCCUGUCCGACAUGCGGCAUGAAGGUGGAACAUAGCCAACAAUUCUGCAAAAAUAUUAACUGUCCUCGCUGCCAUGUGCAGUUCUGUUUCGUCUGCCUGAAACUAAAGCGUGAAUGUUGCAAGACCAGUUCACCAUACAAAAUCUGUCCUAGUGGUGUGGCUCCUAGACAGACCCCUAUCCCUGUGUGGCAGAGAAAAUGAAAAAAAAAGUUCUGUCUUUAUUUGAUGAACAAUAGAUGUUUAAAGGUAUUAAAAUGAUAUUACCCUGCUGUACACA